CAGUCACUUGUUCGUUUGCGUGUGAGUGUGACAGCAGUACGGCCGAGUGCAGCGCGACUUGCAGUAAAAGAGAGAAAUUUAAAGUUGUUAAUUGUAGAGCUUCCACUGCAGCAAAAGAAUACAUCAAACUAAUUAAAUUUAGUGUGCCAAACAAAAGAAAAAAUGACUUGAAGGAAUGGUUAAGUACAAACGACUAGUAUUUGCGGCACAGGCAAACUAACAACCACAACAACAACAACAAGAGCCAGAACAAGACGCUGCCGCGGCCACUCCUUUUGUGCCCGUUGUCUCGCUCCAGAAAAAUGUGUGUGUGCGUGCGUGCGUUCGUGAGUGUGUAGAUGAAAUUGAAAGAAAAAAAAAUAAAAAUAAAUUUGUGCCCACUGCAUUAAAUUAAAAAGUUGUUGCAUUAAUUAAGGCAAUAAAAAGUGAAAAUUCUACAAAGCAGCGUACAAAAAUGGCAAAGUGGGUUUUUUUUACUGUUGCUGUCUGCAAAAGCUCAAGCAAACUUAACUAGAGAUAAGCGAGCGACGUACAUUAAAACAUAGACACGCACACAGAUACACACAUACACACAUACAUACAUAAGCAGGCAGGCACACGAAUAUACAGAGCACGGCGUGUCCGUGUGUGUGUGUGUGCUUGUUUAUGACUCACGGCUGGCCCUGUGAGUGAGUGUGUAAGUGCGAGUGAGAAGGCGCUAGAGCGCUACCUACGGCAACAAAACAACAAACACGCUUCAACAGAAUUUCCCAAGCAUUUAUAAAAUUUUCAACGUUGUGGAAAAACAAAGAACAUAGAGAUUAAGUGAGAAAUAGAAUAGAAACAACACAAACAUGAGUUUCGCCAAAUGGUUCAAGAAGAAGGAGCAAAUCUCCGAGAUUGGCGCCCCAACAAAUUUUCAACGGCAUUUUCAUGUCUCACGCAAUCAGGAGACGGGCGAUCUGGAGGGUCUGCCCACGCCCUGGGUGCGCCUGAUGAACACACAAAUCACACGCGAUGAGCAGGACAAAAAUCCAGAUGCGGCGUAUCAUGCGGUCAAAUAUUACAAUUACUCCAUUAAGAAAAAGGAGCAGGAGGUAUUCAAGCCCUUCAUUACGGAGGAUGUCAUACACGAGGAGUCCAAAGAGAUUGAUAACUAUGUCAAUUACAAGAACAAACACAAAUCGCAGGAUAUUGAUAAAUCGGAUGACGAUGGCAGCGGCAGCUCAACAGCAACAGAGAGCAGCAGCAGCGGCUGCGGCAGUUCCGCGGCGAACAGCAACAGCAGCAGCCUCAAUGAUAGCAGCCAACAGUCUGUCAUACCGCUAGAUGCGCUAAACGAUGUCAUCAAGGAGCUGGAAUCGACUUUGGGUCGUGAAACGCUCAAGCCGGUUAAGCCAUGCGGCUUGGAGCCGCCGCCUGUGCCGCCCAAGAAAUCGCCACAUCAACUGCCGCCCAAGCCACAAAUCAAACCGAAACCUUCGAGCGUUAUCCAGCAAAAAUUCUCACGUGAUCUGCGUAGCCUAGAUGGUGAACCACACAAGAUUAAUACAGAUACAAUUAUCAUUAAGCCCAACAAUUUGGGCAGCGCCAGUCAGGAGGGCGGUAUCGAUGCCGAUGCGCCCGAGGAGACCAUAUUGCGUCGCUCCAAAGAGAAACGGGCACAGAAAACGGAUGCAGAGAUUUAUGAUGAGCUGCGCGCCAUUUGCAAUCCGGAGGAUCCGCGUGAACGUUACAAGACCAGCCAAGAAGUGGGCAAGGGUGCAUCCGGCAUUGUAUUCAUAGCCGGCGACAAGCAAACGGAAACCCAAGUGGCAGUCAAAACAAUUGAAAUGAAAAAUCAAUCCUCCAAGGAUCUCAUAUUGACCGAAAUACGUGUGCUCAAGGAUUUCAAUCAUAAGAAUCUGGUCAAUUUUCUGGAUGCAUAUCUGCUGGAGCCAGAGGAUCAGCUCUGGGUGGUCAUGGAGUACAUGGAUGGGGGUCCACUUACCGACGUCGUCACCGAAACAGUCAUGAAGGAGCGCCAAAUUGCCUGCGUUUGCCGUGAGGUCCUCUAUGCGAUUAGUUUUCUGCACGCCAAGGGCAUCAUACAUCGGGACAUCAAGUCUGAUAACGUGCUGCUCGGCAUGGAUGGCUGUGUGAAGGUUACGGAUUUUGGUUUUUGUGCCAAUAUCGAGGGCGACGAGAAGCGCCAGACCAUGGUGGGCACACCGUACUGGAUGGCGCCGGAAGUGGUCACACGCAAAAAGUAUGGCAAAAAAGUGGACAUCUGGUCGAUUGGGAUAAUGGCGAUCGAAAUGAUUGACGGACAGCCGCCCUAUCUGUAUGAGACGCCACUGCGUGCGCUCUAUCUAAUUGCCGCCAAUGGACGACCUGAUAUUAAGAGCUGGGACAAGCUCAGUCCCAGCCUGCAGGAUUUUCUCGAUCGUUGUCUCCAGGUCGAUGUGGAUCGUCGUGCCACAGCCGAUGAGCUCCUCAAGCAUCCGUUUCUUGAUGAUUGCAGCGAGGUGAAGGCUUUGGUGCCCAAUAUUAAGGCUGCCAAGAAGGUUCUCAGACGCAAUGUAUAGUUAAUGUGUCAACAACAUCAUCGAGCUGGCAAAUUGCUCUAUGCGUGAUGUGACCAAACGAAUCACCCUACCCUCUAUAUGCUGUCUAAGCCUUCCAUUUCAUAGACGGUCUUCUUAUGUGUAUAAAUUCGAAAUCUGGAACAAAAUGCUGAUUAGUCUUUCAUGAAAACGUAGUCACAGAAACAACAACAACAAGAACAACAACAACAUAAAACGUAACAAGUCACGGAACACAUACAUAUACAUAUGUAUGUCUGUCCCUCCGUCUGUCGUCUGUGCAACUGACGCACGCAUUGCACAUCGCUGGCCGAUAACAUCGUUAAGUGGACAAGGCCAAUGUUCGUCGCUAAUGAGAACAACAACCGUUACAACAACCGCUACAACAACAACAACAAUUCGAACGAAAAACAGAAGGUGCAAAGAAGUGACGUCACAGCAGCCGCAGAUGAGAAAUCAGCUUACGAAGUUUGUUUUUGGUAUAAGAUUAGACGGUUUACAGUUGUUCGACUGUUUUGCUUACAAUAUUUUACUUUGCCUGAGACAUACAUACGAUAUUCAUGCGUACAUCUAGAGAACAUUUCUAAAUAUAUUUGUGUAAGUACAUACAUACAUACAUACAUACAUACAUAUAUAUGACUGGCUGAGUGUGCCCCUGUGUAUGCCCCGUCGGCGGGUAUAUGCAAUACAAUUACGUUAACGAAAGCAUACGAUAGUUUAAUUAUAUUUCGCACACAGCUGAUAUAAAAAACUAUUGAAAUAUAAUAUAUGUACAUUAAGUGGACAUUAGAUGCAUAAAUGUUAAAAUAGUGUAUACAUAUACAUAAAUGUGAUUUAAGCGAUUUUAUCAAAGCUGCAUUAUGCAAUUCUACAUAAAAUUCGUCGUAGUCUCUAAGUGCAACAACUAAUAACAAAUGAAACAUGCAAUACUUGUUUGUAAAUUACCAAAAAAAAAACAGAAAACAAAAAACAAAAAACAAAUGAUAAAUCGUUAAAAUGUAACAAGUGGAAACGAGUGGAACAAGUGCCAUUAGGACUAGCUAGCAGCAGUGAGUGACACAAACAACACCACCAACAAAAACAACAACAACAACACAAGUAAAGCCAACAACAAGGAUAACCAAAACUUCCUAGCUACAUAUACUUAUAAACAAUUCUUAGCAAAUUGGCAGCAUUAUCUACAAAAACAAUGUACUAGAGAGAGUGAGCGGGAGAGAGAGAGAAGAUAUAAAAGAAGAUAUUCCCAAGAAAAUUCAAAUGUUGAGAUGGUUCUAUAUUCCAUUUAAAUUAGUACAAACGUAAGAAAAAUAAGCUUAUCCGAACUAAACGCAAAAGAAACAGAACCUUAUCCCAGACAGUUAUCAAAAUUCAAGAAUUGCAACCCUCCCCCUUCCCCAAAAAUGAUUGCCAUAAACGUAGCGCACAAAUGAAAUGCUACUGAAGUAUAGAAAUGCGCUAUGCUGUUAUCUAACGGUAAUGUGUGUGUCAAAAAUGAUGAUAAUUCAAUAUAGGGAAAAUACAUAUGCAUAUAUUGUACACAAAAGUAUGUAGGACGCGGCACCAUAAACCUAGAGUAGUUCCCAUUGGAAAUUUUUCGCGCGUAUGCCAAAUACAAAUAGCAGAGAGAGAGAGAGCGAGAGAGAGAGAGAUAGGAACAGGUAGAGUGGAAGUUAAGAGUGAAAGGAAAACGUUUAAUUCCACAAUAUUUUACGUAUACCUUAGCCGAAAUAAUCAACGAGUUUACGUUUUGGCCUUUUCGCUUUAGUUGAAAUAUUUGAAUGCUCUUUCCAAAUUUGAAAAUCAACUGCCGCUGACUUUUGCAAUUGGAAUUAAAUGAUGUACAACACUGGUUUUGAUUGGAAAGAGUAUGGACAUCUUCGGUGCGCCGAUGCUUAGCUUUCUUUACUUGUUAUAUACAUUGUAUAAUAAAGAAAAAAACAAUUUUAUGCAUUAGCUUAGUAGUGAGCGGCCAUUUUUUAUAUAUUUCCACAAACACAAUGGCCGGCCACAUAUUUCCAUACUGCUGCUGCUGUAUAACGGUCAUAGUUGAAUUCAUUGCAAAGUGCACCCUGUGAUUGUAACGAUAAAUGUGACAAGUGGAAACGUUUGCAUUUUGACAAUACUUUCUUUUUUAAGCAUAAAUUUACAUUUGGUAUUUCUUUUGAGUAUUGCAAUUACAGGGUGUGCACAAUUUGAAGGGAAAGAAAUAAUAUGCAGAGUAUGAGUACGUCAUGUAUUUGUGCAUCGUUUAGAGCUUAAAUAAAAUAUUCAUUUUGAUUAGAUCGCUUAACGACAGCGUAUUAUUAGGCAAGGCAACGAACGCAAAGUAUUUUGAAAGAUGAAGAAAUGAUGAAAAAAUCUAGAAAAGUAUUCUGAGCCAGUUGGCACUUAACGCAGACAUACCCAAAUGAAACAUAAUCGAAAGCGCAUUUAAACAAAUAACGAAAAAAUAAAAAUAAAGGCAAUGAUUACAAUUAAACGAAACGAAAUGAAACGAAGCGAAGCGAAACUUAAGUCUUUAAAAAGUAGCAUCAAUUUUUUAUACGGAAUUUUUAUUGCAAUUGUAAAAAAAAAAAAAAAAAAAAAA